CAGUGUGUGCGCUGCUUUUUUCAUGUAGCAUAUACAUAUAUUUAUUCACAAAAAUAAAUAUAUGUAUACAUAUAUGUUUACUUUUUUUUUUAAUCAACGGGGGUCUGCAGUUCAGCUCAACCUCUGUGACUUCCAACAAUGAUGGUACACAGUGUGUUUGUGUAUCUGCUUUCUGUGUGUGGAGUCCUUCCAGCAGCUCUAACAGCAGUGAUCCAAACACAGCAGACUGUGCUGGCAGCAGUGGGAGAAGAUGCUGAAUUCAGCUGUCAGCUCUUGGAGACUAAAGACGUCCUUCAGGUCACAUGGCAGAAAAUCUCAGCUGAUGUGGAGGAGAAUGUUGCCACCUACAACAAGUACUUUGGUCAGAGAGUGAAUGCUGGAUUUACAGAUAAAUUUAAGUUUAAAUAUACUGGACUACAGAACUGCUCCAUAGUCAUCAGGAAUGUGAUGGAGCAGGAUGAAGCCUGCUAUCACUGUCUGUUUAACACUUAUCCUGAAGGCUCUCUGUCAGGAAGAACCUGCCUCCGAGUUUAUGAGCUGCAUGAACCUGUUCUUGAUGUCAGAGAGUCAAACUCUCCUGCAGAGUGGGUUGUUUCCUGUUCAGCCACUGGUCGACCUGCUCCCACUGUAACACUCAGUGUCUCACAACAACACCUCAACUUCUCCCAGUACAACACUGUCAGUGUGUCCAACACCAACGCUACAUUCACUGUCACCACUACAGCUGUGCUCUCAGGUUCACGGAGAAACAGCACACAGGUGGGAUGUGCAGCACGAGUGCUCUCUGCUCCUCAGAUAGAGGUCAUUCAGGUCAUACCUGAGGUCAUUAUGGUGUCUGCUGUUGCUGCAGAUGAUGAUGAUGAUGAUUCCACUUUGAUUAUUGUAGCUGCAGUAGUGGUGCUGAUGCUGUCAUCGCUGUCCUGCUGAAAGAAAGAAAGAAACAAGAAGAGGGACCCUGAGAAGAACAAAACACCACAAAAAUCAACCAGUGACAUUAAUGGAUCCAAACACCUUUAAUGAAGAAGCAGAGCGACGGGAUCAGGAGGACAAACACUGAAUAACAACAGACCAACAAAUGAUCAAAACCGUCACCUUCACCAGCACGAAGAUCCAAGCUGUGACUCAUAAACACAGCUCAGAGUAACACACUGUAACUGAUUCAUGUGAACAUUCAGGAAGAGGAACAAAUGACACUGAGCCAUGAGCUCAGAGAAGCUCCACUGACCAAAAACUGUUUCUACUUUGUGUUCAUGAUGACACAGUUAUGAUAAAUGAGCAAACCGUUAGCUUACAAUAUGAAACACCUUAAGGUGACUGCUUUUGAUUGUCUGUUUUAAUUUAAUUUAUUUAAUUUUACUUUAUUUAUUGCCUUUUAAUGUUGUGUUUUAUGCUCAAUUUUUCUGGAUUUUAAUGUAGUUUUCUUUUGGAGCUGUAUUUUUACUGUACAGUACUCAACUCCGUAGUUUUAAAUGUGUUGUGUGAAUAAAUUUGUUCUUG